AUGGCUAACGAUUAUUCUUCUAGGGUUGAUGAAUAUAAGCAAGAUGCCCAGCCAACCGAGCGGGUCAUCGAUGAGUACUUCCCCCCCCCCUUGGCAUUUCCCUUUUGUCCCUCGCUGUGGGAAGCUUUCAAUUUAACAUAUUCUAGGCUUGAAAACCCCUUGGCUCGGAUCCCAAAGGAUAGGCUGCUUCGAGACGUGGAGGAGUACGCUCAAUCGUACGACCUGAAUGAUAUCCUUCCCGAGCUGAAGAAGGGCGCAUUGGUCGCCCAGAGACCAGGCGAAUUCGAGAGUAUCGAGGAGUUGACCCCCGAGGAACGUCAGUUCCUCCGUGAGGAAGUGACCCAUCGCUGGAAGCACCCCUGGGGUCUGUAUUAUACGGUUGUGCUUAAUUCCGUCGCAGCAGCUAUUCAAGGAUGGGAUCAGACAGGUUCUAACGGUGCCAACCUCACCUUCGCGCAACAGUUUGGCAUUCCUCAAGAUGGCUGCGUGACUCGAGCAGAGUGCACCCGUAAUCAGUGGAUUGUCGGGGUGAUCAACGCCAUGCCUUACAUUACCAUUGCACUCUUUGCUGGCUGGAUCUCCGACCCUCUCAACCACUGGCUGGGCCGCAAGGCUGUCAUUGCGAUUGCGGCCGUGUUCAGUUUAGUUGCUCCCAUUGCAUGCGGAGUGACUCAGAACUGGCACCAACUCUUGGGCUGUCGUAUACUGUUGGGAAUCGGUAUGGGCUUGAAGGAGGUUACGGUUCCUGUGUUUUCCGCCGAGACCGUACCCACGAGCAUCCGUGGAGGCUUGGUCAUGUCCUGGCAAGUCUGUAGGUGCUCCCUUUUUCCCUGGUUGAUCCUUGAAUUCGGGUCCUCAUCUGGUCUAACAACUGACAACGGUUAUCCAGGGACUGCAUUUGGCAUCUUCCUCGGAACGUGUGCUAACCUUGCUGUGGUUAACACCGGCAAGAUUGCCUGGAGGCUCCAGCUUGGUUCAGCUUUCAUCCCAGCUGUUCCUCUGCUGUUGGGCAUCUGGUUCUGUCCUGAAUCGCCCCGUUGGCUAUUGUCCAAGGAGAACCCGCGCAAGGCGUACGAAUCUUUGCUCCGACUGCGAAACAGCCCAUUGCAAGCAGCUCGGGAUCUCUACUACAUCCAUGCGCAGAUCAAGAUGGAAAAGCGGCUGCUCCGGGAAUCCGAGUUCACCCGGGGCGGCAAUACCCUUGCACGAUUCCUGGAAUUAUUCACAGUCCCUCGAGUUCGCCGGGCCACACAGGCUUCUGGCAUUGUCAUGAUUGCGCAGCAAAUGUGUGGAAUCAACAUCAUCGCGUUCUACUCGUCCACCAUCUUUGAGCAAGCCGGCGCCACGAACAUCCAGGCCCUGCUUGCGUCCUUCGGCUUUGGCUUGGUGAACUUCCUCUUCGCCUGGCCCGCCGUCUGGACCAUCGACACGUUUGGCCGUCGUUGGCUCUUGCUCGCCACCUUCCCCAAUAUGUGCUGGACCCUGCUGGCGGCCGGAUUCUGUUUCUGGAUUCCCGCGAGUAGUAGCGCCCAUCUCGGCCUGAUCGCCCUGUUCAUUUACCUGUUCAAUAUCUUCUACUCCCCCGGCGAAGGCCCCGUCCCGUUCACCUACUCCGCCGAGGUCUUCCCUCUGACGCACCGCGAGGUUGGCAUGGCGUGGGCGGUGGCGACCAACAACUUCUGGGCCGCCGUGCUGUCUCUGACGUUUCCGUACAUGCUGCGGGACUUCAAGCCCCAGGGAGCGUUUGGGUUCUACGCCGGGUUGAACAUUAUUGCGCUGCUUCUCAUCUUCUUCUUCUUGCCAGAGACUAAGCAGCGCUCUCUGGAGGAACUCGACCGUGUUUUCAGCAUCUCGACCCGUGCGCAUGCCAAAUACCAGGUGACCGAAGUGUUGCCGUGGUGGAUCCGGCGAUAUCUGCUGGGGCGGAAGGAUGCCGUCGUUCGUGACAUCUACCGCCACCUCUCUCCGGACCCUGUUCUGAUCGCGGAGAAGCCCAAAAAGGAGGAGCACCUUGAAUCGGUAUGA